UAAGUCCUGAUUCGAAUAGAUUAUCAGGUGAGAGAUAGAAAUAAAAGUUAUUCAAUAAAAAUAAAAAAAUAAAAUCAUGGGGAUGAAGAAGAAGAAGACCUGGAGAUCAAUCUUUAUUUUUCGAUCGUGUUUCGGACUCCAUCUCGAUGUAAGGAGCCAAGUUUCGAAUCCGAAUAACGAUUCCAGGGUGUCCCUGUCGGGUUUGAGCGAUCCAGGCUCGCCAUUGAGCUUGAGUGACCUCUCCAGCUCCAAGUUUGGUUCCAGUCUCCACAUCUUCACCAUGGCAGACCUGAAGCUCAUCACAGCCGACUUCUCGUCCGCCAACUUCCUCGGCGUAGGCGGCUUUGGCCCCGUCCACAAGGGCUUCAUUCACGACACCUUCAGGCCGGGCCUCGACGCUCAGCCCGUGGCCGUCAAAUUGCUCGAUUUGGAGGGAGAUCAGGGCCACAGGGAAUGGCUGGUAAUUUGUAAUAGGACGGAAGUGAUUCUACUGGGGCAACUCAGGCAUCCUAACCUGGUGAAGCUGAUUGGGUACUGUUGGGAAGAUGAAAACAGGCUUCUUGUUUAUGAAUACAUGGCUAGAGGCAAUUUGGAGAACCAAUUAUUCAGAAGGUUUACCAGUUCAUUGCCAUGGCUAACAAGGAUGAAGAUUGCAGCUGGAGCUGCAAAGGGGUUGGCUUUUCUCCAUGGAGAAGACAAGCCCGUCAUAUAUCGUGAUUUCAAGACCUCGAACAUCUUACUCGAUUCGGACUACAACGCGAAGCUUUCUGAUUUCGGGCUAGCGAAGGACGGCCCGGAGGGCGAUGACACGCACGUGUCGACACGGGUUAUGGGGACACACGGAUACGCAGCUCCCGAAUAUGUGAUGACAGGUCACUUGACAACGAUGAACGACGUCUACAGCUUCGGCGUCGUCCUGCUAGAGUUACUAUCAGGAAAGCGCGCGAUGGACAGACGCCGUCCAGCCAGAGAACAGAACCUGGUGGAGUGGGCAAAGCCUUAUUUAAAGGACCACCACAAGCUCGACAGGAUAAUGGACACACGGCUCGAAGGGCAGUACUCCACGGAAGGUGCUCGGAAAGUGGCGGCGCUGGCUCAUCAGUGUCUGAGUUACAAUCCUAAAUCCAGGCCUGCAAUGAAACAUGUGGUUAGAGUUCUAGAGCAUGUCAGGGGAUUCACAGACAUCCUCACCGGUCCAUUUGUUUACAUUGCUCCUGUGGAAGAGAACAUUGAUGCAACAAAAUUAAGUUGUCGCGGAGGAAACAAGGAAGAAGAUAAAUGGGAAGAGGGGAAAGAUGAUGACUGUAAGAACAGGAAGAAAGGUUACAGACACAAGCAUCGGAUCAGGCCGCGCCCUGUAAAUUCGGACACUAAUUUACACAAGAAAGUAGAGGGGAAAUGAUAAGGGACACACAAGUUUUGAUCAAGAUUUAUGUACAUGUUGUUUGGUGUUUUUAAAUCAUUUCCCCUUUUUCUUUCUUUUAUCAUCUUAAGCAUACAUACAUACAUAUUUUUAACUUCUUGGUUCUUUCACUGUGCGUUCUGAUCACAUAUGGAGUCUUGAAUACUUUUCAAAGUUUUAGAAUCAUGGAAGACGAAAUCUUUGGACCCUUCUGAAUGGGACUUGUGAUUGAAAUAUUAUUCUAACAGCACAUGUUGUAUGUAAUAAAGGUAUGUAUUGUUUGUUUAUAAUUACAUGAGUGCUGUAGAAGGGUAUGUCACGUACUAUAAUCAACUGUUGUGUAUGUUGUAAGAGACUAUAGCAUAUAUUGUUAGUUCAUGAAAUGUAUUUAUAUUAUAUUUACA